UCGUGGUCUGUGUUGUGUGACUUGAUGUUUCUGUGAUCGUCUUCCUGCAGCUCCAGUCAGAAGUCCAGCAGAAAUCCUGCAGAUUUAAACCUCAGCUGCUAACGGACCUGGAGGUCCCACCAGCUGCCGGAGUGCCGCUGAGCAAACUGCCUCAAACUACAGACCCGUGAGUAGAGCAGUGUGAUGUAAGGCGAUGCUCUCUUGGCCACCAUGGCCAGUGUCACGCUGAGGUACUUCUGUUAUGGCUGCCUCGUCACCUCGGCGACCUGGUCCGUCCUCCUCUUCCUCUACUUCUCUCUGGGGGCGGAGCCCGGCCGCGGCAGGACCCCCCUGCAGCACCGCAGCCAGCCAAUCACCAAGGGCCUGGCCAACCGGAGGGCAGGGCAUCGGCCCCUGCCGGCCAAUAAGGCUGUGGAGCUGUCGCCAGAGAUGGGGAUGAUCUUCAACGAGGCGGACCAGGAGGUGAGGGACACCGGCUACCAUCAACACGCCUUCAACGUGCUCAUCUCCACCAGACUGGGAUACCACCGAGAGCUGCCAGACACACGGGACUCCCAGUGUCAGGUGAAGGUGUAUCCUGCGGCUCUACCUUCUGCCAGCGUAGUGAUCUGUUUCUUCAACGAGGCGUUCUCCGCCCUGCUGAGGACGGUCCACAGCGUGCUGGACCGCACGCCGGCCUACCUGCUGCACGAGAUCAUCCUGGUGGACGACCACAGUGAGCUCGAGGAGCUGAAGGAGGACUUGGAUCGGUACGUCAGGGAGGAGCUGCAGGCCAAAGUCAAACUGGUGAGGAACCAGAGGAGGGAAGGACUCAUCAGAGGACGCAUGAUAGGAGCCUCACAUGCUACUGGUGAGGUGCUGGUGUUCCUGGACAGUCACUGCGAGGUGAAUCGUGAUUGGCUGCAGCCGCUGCUGGCUCCGGUCCAGAAGAGCCGGCGUACGGUGGUCUGCCCCGUCAUUGACAUCAUCUCGGCCGACACGCUGGCCUACUCGCCCUCGCCCAUCGUCAGGGGGGGCUUCAACUGGGGGCUGCACUUCAAGUGGGACCCCGUCCCCCCCGCUGAGAUCAACGGGCCCGAGGGAGCCACCGGACCAAUCAGGUCCCCCACCAUGGCAGGCGGUCUGUUCGCUAUGAACAGGAAGUAUUUCAACGAGCUCGGCCAAUACGACGCCGGCAUGGACAUCUGGGGCGGGGAGAACCUGGAGAUCUCCUUCAGGAUCUGGAUGUGUGGGGGUCAGCUGCUCAUCAUCCCCUGCUCCAGAGUCGGUCACAUCUUUAGGAAGAGGCGUCCCUAUGGCUCGCCGGGGGGGCAGGACACCAUGGCCCACAACUCCCUGCGGCUAGCGCACGUCUGGAUGGACGAGUACAAGGAGCAGUAUCUGUCCCUGCGUCCGGAGCUACGUGAGCGUGGUUACGGUGACAUCAGCGAGCGCGUGGCGUUGAGGAAGCAGCUGCAUUGCCGCUCGUUUGGCUGGUACCUGGACAACGUCUACCCCGAGAUGCAGACCGUCGCCAACGGCAACAAGCCGCAGCCACUGUUCAUCAACAAGGGCCUGAGGCGACCCAAAAUCCUGCAGAGAGGACAGCUUCGUAACCUAGCAACCGGGCGCUGUCUGGUGGCGCAGGGCCGAGCCAGUCAGAAGGGAGGAGUUGUUGUUCUGCGACCAUGUGACCCCCGAGACCCGGAACAGGACUGGGCCUAUGAUGAGGAGGGUCAGCUGGUCCUGGCAGGGCUGCUGUGUCUGGACGUGUCAGAGGUCAGGACCUUCGACCCCCCCAGACUGAUGAAGUGUCACGGCUCGGGGGGGUCGCAGCAGUGGAGCCUGGGGACGUCUAACCGUCUCUACCAGGUCUCGGUUGGUCAGUGUCUCUCCGUGGCCCAGCCCGUCGGACCCAAAGGUUAUGUCUCCAUGGCGAUAUGUGACGCCUCACAGGCGCAGCAGUGGCAGCUGGAGGGCUGAGAACGACCACGGCAGCCAUUUUAAAGACAGUCUGGUUUUA